AUGACCGAUUUACGCUCAAAAAGAGUAGGCACUGAUCCACCUCCACAGAACGAUGUUCUCGAAACUGCAAAUACCAAUGACGUCCAAGGGAAAGCCCACUCAAAUAUGGCCGAAAAGUGUUCAGAUCAGCUGAAGAAGACCGAGAAGGGUCAAGACCAGGUAAAUAGGUCAUCAGAAACAUCGAGAGACAGAGGUACGGUAUCACAACCAGCAGGUUCACCUGAGCAAAACCAGAGCCAACGCAAUGGCAAAAUGAAAUUUGCGGAGCAAAAAUUAGGCAAAAGUGCUCAACAGGACUUGAGUAAAUCUGGUGACGGCGAUACUUCGGCCAGACAAGGGCUAAGCGACUGCGCGAAACAGUCACAGCGAUCAGCAGAGCUUUCUCCUGAAGCUGGCAAAACAGCUGCGAAAAUACCUCCAGUAAAAGACACACACAGCCGUUCAUCUCCAAAUGGUCAUUUGAAAGGCACCGUAGCUCGACAGGAAGGCGUUAGUAGUCCUCUUACUACCCCGAAUCCACCUAUGAAACGACGAUCACCAGAGUCAACCAGAUCGGCGUCGCCACGCGGUAACACGGUGGCCUUGAAUGUUGAAGAACAUCAAAAACGUCCGAGACAUAGAAGUAGAGGCGCGCCGAUUGACGACACUCGGAGAAAUUCUACCAUGAGCGAAUCCUCGAGAAUGUCGUUGGCUUCCCACAAGAGCGUGACCUUCAGCGAUCGCGUACAAUUGCACGAGAUUGAGCGUAAUGAGAUGUCGUCGAGUGAAGAAGAUGCGGCUCUGAUGAGCGACGACGAGCUGAGCAAACGUCCACUCGAUCGGCUUCGCCGUUCAACCUACUUCCGUCAAGAUGAACCUGGAGGGGAGCAAAUGGAUGAUCUAUUCAGUCCUCAAGAGGAUGACCACAUGAUGUUCGAGACUGUUCAACGGACCAUGAUGCUACCUGACGAUGGUACGGAGGAGAGCGAUGUGGAUGCUAAUGGAUAUCCCUUGUUUCAACAAACAUAUGGCCAAACAUCUGCGAGAAGGGAAUCGGAUAGCUCACGCCUUAGUGUCAUCGGAGAAAGUGGUAGCUCCGUUCCUAUGAAUCAUCACGAUCGGUUCGCUCAAAUGCGAUCUACUGGAGUACAAGCUACUGAGAUGUUCGAUGGAUCGUAUCCGCCGUAUUACCCAUCUAUGGAAAGGGGCGCAGACAUGGAAGUCUUCCCAAUGCCUCGUUCAGCAAGUGGAUAUUUCGAAGAAGAGGACAGCGACGAGGAAGAACCGCACCAACCGUAUCCUCACGUUAUGUACUCUGGUGAAGACUCUUAUUCACCUGGAAAUUCUCCAGUGUUCUUCCCAGGAAGAACACCAAGAGCAGAGAAUCUUAUGGGAAUGUCUGCCUAUGCCAACCCACCGAGUUCAAUUCCUAGAGACGACGAAGAACAGUUGACACAAGGACCACCCGAGCAGCUUCAGAGCGGUCGAAUCGACAUCGCCCACGGUCAACACGGUAUCGACAUCGCCCAGGGACAACACGGUACACUACGGAGCGAAUGGCUAGGGAAUACUUCGUCAAUACCCAAUCAUAUCAUGCAGCCGAGAGCAAGCCUCCCAGUGCAGGUUACAGGAAACGGGGUAAGGAACGAGAGAGGCGAUAUAGAGGAGGAAAUGCGAAGACAGUUUCUCGCUCGAUUUGGAGCUGGACGUCGCGCUCCAGUGGCCGAGGAAGAUCCAUGUGAUCCUGUGCAUUCUAUGGGAUCUUCCGACUCUAUAGCUCUCAGCGGCUCACGAGAAUCUGUCGUUUCAGCUGCGUCCAUUGCUAAGGAGGCGGCUACUCAUAGAAAUUUCAAUUAUUAA